CAUCCUCCGCGCAAGCACGCGACGUCGACGUAGCUGUACACCAAGCAACAAUGCAACAGAACCCGGCUACUGUCGAGGCUGGAACCGUGCACCCGGUCACCUACCGCAUGACGAGCGGUUGUAACCCUUCCAGCCAGGCUCACCGCAACCUCAGCGUGUCAUGCGCGAAGGAGGACUUCCGACGCCGUCGGAUGUCCUGGAAUGGCGUCACUGCCAACCGCGUUUCGGACGACAGCUUCGACUGUCCGCAACGUCCGCGCACUACAAGAGCCGCUUCUACUGUUACCUCGCCGACGCGUCUUCGGCUCAUUUACGAAGAUGAAGACACCAAGGCUCGAGUAUGUGGAAAUGUGCAGCGACUACUCAAUGUCGCCCAAAAGGACCCCGAAGCCAAGUCCGCCAAUGCGCAGUUAGCGCGGAAAGUGCUAAAAUAUCGGCGAGUUAUGGGGAGACUGGACGACGUGAACGUAGAGGACCCCGACUUCGACGUGUCCGCGUUCUUCGGCAUCGAGUGGUGCCGCGUGGGUGCCCCCUCAAGCUGAAGUUAUCUAUGUUGAAGUUCUCCACUCUCUCUGGUGUCAACUUCGUAGUGCCCGACCGAGGAAGGACAAAAAAAA